UUUAUAUGUUAUAUUUGAUAAUUGACUAUAAGUAAAUAUAAUAAAAUUUCAAAAAUAAAAUAUAUUUGGAAAACAUAAGAUAAUUCUUAAAUAUGUUGUGUUUUAUCUGAAACAAUAUUUUUUUUAUAAAAUAUAAAGUUUAAUGUUUGAUUUCUAUUUUUAAAAACAUAAUUAAUAAUUUAUUAUGUUGGUUUUGAUUUAAUCGUUAUAAAUAGAUAAAUAUCUAUAAGAACACUAUGCCCGCAUAUGCGGACAGAACACCUAGUGGUAUUAUAUAAUCUAUUUUAUUAUUGGUUAAAGUGUGAUUAAAUGAAUAGUUAAUAAUGUUUUUAUUUAGAAAAUGUAAAAAAGUUGAAUAUUUUUAAUCUAUGUAUUUAAGGCAAUUUUUUUCAAAAUAAUCUUCAAAUAAAAAAAUGACCAAAAUAGAUUCUUUUUAUUUUGAAAUUUUUAAUAUUUAUUUUUUAAAAUUUUAAAAUUUAUUCCUAAAAUUUUACCCUUUAACUCUAUGCCCUAAAUUUAGAUUAAUUAAUUCUAGAAUAAAAAUUUAUUUUGAUCAUUUUUUUCGUUAAGAAAUAUUUUAUGAAGAUAAAAUAAAAAAUACUAUCGUAGGAGAAUUUUUCAUGUAUUUAAUCAUAAAAUAAUCUUAGUUUAAGUUACAAAAAUAAAAGUAAUCCUAGUCACGUGAGUAUCAAGAUUUGGUGUGUGUGGUAAACUGUGCGUUUUCACUCCUCAUGUCAUGUGGAGACUGGAGACAUACCACGGGUGCACAAGUAUGCACGUGACUGACCCCUCUUUCACCACUUCCCAAUAAGGAAACUGAAUUUUUACUAAUUUAGGGAUUAAUUAACUGUUACUCCUGCUAGUUGUUGCCGCUGCUUAUUGUAAUGUGCCGACCAAUGCCAAGCUAGUUUGUCCUCAUAUCCUUGAUCAUAGCACUGAACCAAUAAAAUAAUAAACCAAUGCUAGACACUCUAUGCUUAGUGUUCAUUGGUUAAAAAUGAAACAUUUACUACAAUAUGUUAAAAAAACAACCCUAAACCACACUACAUAUGGAACUCUCUCUCUAUAUAUAUGGAGUGAUGGAGACCUAGGUCUUUGCUCAACUCAUCACUUACACGUUUAUACCAUUUCAUAUAUACAAUUAUUCAAUGGAGAACAAAGUUUUCGCUGCCUUCUUCUUGUUUCUAGUCCUCUUCUCAUCUCAGGAGUUUAUUGGGAUAGAGGGAAGGAUGUGCCAAUCAAGGAGCCAUCACUUCAGGAGCAUAUGUUUGUCCAACCAUAACUGUGCCAAUAUCUGCCGUGGCGAGCGCUUUUCCGGUGGUCGUUGCCAUGGUCUCCACCGGAAAUGCUACUGUACUCGUCUUUGCUAGCUAUUUGUUCUCUUUUUCCAUUUAAAAUGUUGUUCUUGUGUUCUAGCUUCCUUCCAGAUUCUAAUAAUAAUUAUAAUGUUUCUCGUUUUGUUAA